AUGGCUGCCCAAUGGUCCACCCUCGCUGACGAUGAACUCGCCGCAGAACGUGUCCACGAACUCCUUGGUCAAGUUCAGAACGACGUUUGGGUCGUCUCUGCGUGCGUUGACAGGGUGCUGGACGACGUAACUGCUCAGCGCACGCUCCUCACGUUUGGGAUAGCCCGCACCGACCACAUCAUGGAGAAAUGUGCCAACAUAGCUUCCUUGUCCACACCCUCUCAUGGACAGGCGUCGACCUCGAAUGACGAAAUCCUUACCUGCCACUUCCAAAGUGUGCCCGCUGAUGCGCAAUUGUGCCAUUUACGUUCGGUGCUUCUUCGCCGUCUCGACCGCCUCAACACCUAUGUGGAAAUGCAGAAAAUCCUGCCGGACGACCAGGAAAUGGAUGUGGAGGAUGAAAUUGACGAGUGGGAAGAUGACCCAUGGGGAGACGGAGAUGCAGCAACACCUUCGAAGUCAACGGCGAAAUGCAGUCUCCCAGAAUCCUUUCCAGUGUCUCUGCCAGAGUUUCUCCAAAAUGACCUCCUUUGGUCAGCUUGUGAACUCGCGACAACGGAAACACUCUCCUCACUCUCUGUCCUCUUCCAAAGGCAUUCGCAAGAGUUAUGGCCAUCCCGUUUCAGGAUACUUGAGUGCAUCCCGGAACACGUUCACCCAUCCACCUGGCGCUCAUUGCUACCUACUCUCGACUCUUCAGCGGAACUUGAAGCGUUGCCAGUAGCAGAUCCUUGGAGGAUAGACCCAGAUUUCUCGGAGUUGCCCAGCACACAAGACGCGCUCGACAAUUGCAUCGUCCCACUUGUAAAAGUAAUCGACUCCAACAAGGAAGUCAGCUCGACAGCAGUUCCCGACCCUCUGUCAGAUGAAGAGUUGUCGACAUGGUACAAGAACCGCGUGAAUGCCACGAUUAUUGCCACUGGCAUGGUGGAUAUCGCGCUUGCAUUGGUCCAGCAUGGUGCUGCCCAGGGUAUUCCGUCCCUUGACCAGUUAGGAGAGGAACUAAGCCUUCUCUCAAGAUUGGUGUAUGAUGCACCUCGAGGGACUGAUGCCGAAGAGGAUUGGACCUUGACGCGUUGGUAUUCAAUGGAACCCUUAACCGUUGUACGCGCCUACCUCGCCCACUCAACCCCGGAAUCAUUGGCGCGCGACAUCUCACAUCUCGUCAUGCCUUACCUCUUCGUUCUGGAGGCAAGAGCAGAACGUGCUGGUCAACCUGACCCUUCCUUAUCGACUCGAAUUCUCUAUGAUUAUGUCCUUGCCACCUCUCUUGAAAACGUGUCGGCCAUAUACGAAGCAUCUAAGCCCACCCUUCCAAUGGCCCAAAGGAUUAUCAAGAACGACGAAGACAUGGCUCGAAUUGCACUUGCUUGUCUAUAUGGUAGUGACAGUCUUGACGAGUGGGCUACCAUGAGCAGCAUUUUUGAAUGCUUGCCUGUCUGGGACGUCUCGAACGCCGAAAACGGCGACGGGGAUGCGGCAAACACUACCGUCGCGUCAUUAGGAGAGCUCGUCACCCCAAGCACAAACCAGCCUCAAUGCACGGCCAAAGACCUCCUUAUUUUUUUCGAGCCAUUACCCUUCGCAUCGCUCUCUCAGGCAUUGGACAUUCUCGAUGUGCAUCUUGAGUCAGGCGAGAUCCUCGCACGAUGGAGUGUGCCCGCCCCUCUGCGAUGGUUCCUGCAAAGUAGCAAUACUGUUGUUGAGCAGCGUGCCUGGGCAAACCGAAUGGCGCGGCGAGCGGGUGGUACGGAAGACCGAUUGAAUGGCGUCGAGGAUUGGGAAUGGCUCUUGAAAGACAUGCUCAAGUUAACGGGGGGAGACUCCUCAACCAAAGGUGCCUUUUGUUUACUCGGACGGGAAGAAGUCAUGUCCAUUUUUUUGAGUGGAUUAUUAAGCACUGGCAAUCAUGCCAUUGCGAAGACCAUGCUUUAUGCGCCACGAACGAAACUUGCGCUCAGCCCUGCCACUAUCGAGAGUGUUUGUCUUACGGCUUCAAGAGAACUGUACGACAAUGCCAGCUCUGGCAAUUACAAGUUCGGGGAUAUGAAGCUUGCCUGCGAUUGUCUUGAAGUUUCACCACUUUCAGAAAACAUCGUCAAAGAGAAGGAAUUCAUAGAGGCCACAUCACGGAUUUGUUCAUUCCACGUUCCAUCGUCUCCUGGCACUGUUAUAAGCCCGAUUGAGAUUCGUCUGACCAAGGACAGACUGUCACUCGUUUCACGCGUCCUCUCGAGCAAUAACGACGCAUAUAAACAUACCGAAGUCGUCCUCGACCUCUGCUAUAAGCUCGGAUACAGAAACCAGCCAGUGGCCGAAGUUAAAGUGCUGGCUAUGCUGGCCGAUACUGCUCUUCAAGCGGAGGACUUCGUCCGUGCCUACGAGAACAGUGAACGCAUGGUUCAGACCGUCUACGCCAUGGGCAACUCUGGCUCGCUCGACGGGGACAGUGCGUUCAGGGAAGCUGCAGAAGUUUGCUGGAUCGCGUGUUUCCAACUCGGGCGACAACCUGAAUUUUCAGAUUUGUCAAAGAAAAUGACGCUUCUUGGGCAUGCGCUUGACCUUUGCCCCCCGGACAAAAUCCACGAUGUUCUAAUGGCGUGGCGCAAGCUGGAGCCAGAAGACAUCGAGGCACGGGAAGAACAUCUUCGUCAGCGACGUAGUGGCGAAGCUCCCUUGUCAACUGCUAGCAAAAUGGAUACUGUACCAAGGAAUGUCGCAUCCUCCUUGCGUGCACGAUUGCAAGACUUUCAUAUGCCCUCUCCGCCUUUGCUCAAUACACCCGACGCUGCUGCUCUUGCCAGCCGGACCUUCAAGAGUGUAGCUGCUAACUUCCCCUUCGGCCGUGGUCGGUCUCAGGCGUCUGAUAUGGAUGAGAGAGGUUCUAUGAGAAGUGAGAGCUCGAGAAGAACGGAAGGCGGUGAUGUCUCUGCCCAGGCCUCCAGGGUCCUCUCCAAGGGCAUUGGCUGGUUGAUUGGUGCUGACGAGGAUAUUUAA